AUGAAGACUGCCGCCUUUGCUCUCCUGGCUGCCGCCAGCGUUGAGCAGGUUGCUGCCACUUACUCCCUUGGUAGCUCUUGGACCAACGCCAAGCCCUACAGCUGCCCCGGCAACACCGACAACAACUGCAACACCCAGCAGCACAACGGCUGGGACUUCAGCGACGUUCCCACCGGCGUUAUUGGACACUAUGGAGGAUUCGACUUCAAGGGUUGGUCGUGCGAGAACGACUUCAGCAAGCGUGACACCCUCCUGAGCGCUCGUACCUUUGGUGCUACCGGCCGCUCCAUCUCUGGCCAGUGCACGGGCGACAAGAAGACCACCCCUUGCAUCUCUGCCAGCGCUGGCAACGACCACUUCUCCGUCGACACCUUCUCCAUCUCGACCGAGUUUGAUACUCGUCUGGAGUUCCACUACGACAUGCCCGACGGCUCUACUUGCAAGCACUCUGCCUCGUGCUCGUCCCACGGAACCACCGUCAAGAACACCCAGUGCGGUGGAGCUAAGAGUGUUUCCAUCGUCUACCCUGGCGGUUCUAAGGGUGGCAAGUCGUCUUGCGGCACCAAGGUUCACCACAUCACUUGGAACUGUGGCAACAACGCUCCCCCCAAGCCCUCUCACUCUCAGCCUGCCUACACUCCUCCCGGCGGAUCUCACCACACCAAGCCUUCUUACUCCCAGCCUGUCUACACUCCCCCUGGCGGCGGUCACCACACCAAGCCUCACCACACCAAGCCUGUCUACACUCCUCCUGCCGGCGAGACCACCACCGCCCCUGCUGGUGCCGAGACCACAACUGCUCCCGGUGAGACUUACACUGCUCCUGCUGGCGAGACCACCACUGGCCCUGCUGGUGCUGAGACUACCACUGCUCCCGCUGGUGAGACGACUACUGGCCCUGCUGGUGCUGAGACCACUACCGCUCCUGCUGGCGAGACCGAGACCACUACCGCUCCUGCUGGCGAGACCGAGACCACCACUGCCCCCGCUGGCGCUGAGACUACCACUGCUCCUGCUGGUGGCGAGACUACCACUGCUCCCUAUGGCGUCCCUACCGACACUGCUACCACCGAUGUUGUCGUGAGCACUUCUGUCAUCACUGCUCCUGGCGGCGAGACCACUACCGCUCCUGCUGGCGAGACCACCACUGGCCCUGCCGGUGCUGAGACUACUACCGCUCCCGCCGGUGCUGAGACUACCACUGCUCCCGCUGGUGUCGAGACUACCACUGCCCCUGCUGGCGCUGAGACUACCACCGCUCCUGCUGGCCAGACCUACCCCGUCCCCGGUGAGACCACCACUGCUCCCGCUGGUGCCGAGACUACUGCUCCCGCUACCACUGGUGGCUCUGAUGCCGUCACCACCGGCCCUGGUGCUCCUUACACCACCGUCUACCAGACCACCUCGACCGUCUUCACCACCUCUGUCCACACCAUCACCAGCUGUGCUCCUGAGGUGACCAACUGCCCGGCCAGGACCGACAAGCCCGUCGUCACCACCGUGACCGUUGCCGUCAGCACCACCAUCUGCCCCGUCACUGCCACCAUCACUCCCGGUGCUCCUCUGCCCACUUCCGAGGCCGCUGCUCCUACUGGCUCCGGAUCUACCCCCGACCAGUCUCUUCCUUGCCCUGAUGUCCUGCCCAAGUGCAUCAACACCUGGUUGACUCUGGUCCCCAACUGCAAGGAUAACACCGACGCCGCCUGCUACUGCCCCAGCAAGGAUCUCGUCCAGAACGUGUUUGAGUGCAUCUACUCCAACGGAAACAACGAUGACGAUGUCGCUGCUGCCAUCACCUUCUUCCAGGGUGUCUGCGCUGGCUAUGCUGGUUCCAACCCUGCCGUUGCCACUGGUGCUGCCCCCAUCACCUCCAUCAUCACCGUGACCGGCACUCCUUAUGCUACCCCUACUCAGUACACCACUGUCGUCGUCGAGACCACCGUCACCGAGCCUUGCGUCUCUGAGGGAACCACCAUUCCCGGCAGCAGCACCACCUACUACGUCUCUACCGCUCUCACCGUUCCCCAGGUCAGCAUCACUGCUGCUCCUCCCGCCGGUCAGCCCACCUACGUUGCUCCUCCUCCGGCUGAGACUGCUCCCGUCGAGACCGCCCCUGCUUCUGCCCCUACUCAGGUCGCUCCUCCUGCCCCCAUCGGCACCGCCACCGGCACUGGAGCUUUCCCCGGCAACACUGGCCUGCCCGUUAUUGGUGCUGCUGGCCGCGUUGGCGCCGGUAUGAGCCUGGGUCUCGCCGUCAUGGCCGCUGUCUUUGCUCUGUAA